AUGAUGAUGUCAACCACAGAAAUUAAUCAAUCAGAUGAUUACACAUCAAAAAAAAAUAUAUUGCUCACAGAUCAUGAUGACGAUGAUUAUGGUUUAUUUCUGAAAAAUAAUUCCGACAUUCCCAACCACAAUUCUGACAUUCCUAAUUCUAUAUUGAAUAAAAAAAACGCAAAACAACCUAGAACUUCAAUAGAUUCUGUUAGUUCAGAAAGAACACUAAUUUUUGAAGAGCCAGACGAAGAAUACUUAUUGAAAAGAGGUGACGGUGAAACAGUUGAAUGGUUAAAUUAUUUACUUCAACAAGUAUGGAGAACAUUUGAUCCAUCUUUAUUAAUUGGUCUUAGAGAUAUGUUAGAAGAUGCAAUGUCUCGUAGUGCCCCAUCAUUUGUUAAAGCAACAGAUAUCGAAUCAUUUGAAAUUGGUUUAAUUGCUCCAAGAAUUGAAAAACGUGAAGAUGAAGACGAUGAAGAUAUUGGUGAAGCAACAUUUUCAUUUAGAGCGAAAUCAUCAGCACAUAAACCACAAGAUUCUCCACCACAUAUAUUAGCAUGGAUAAAAACUGGACUUUCAGCAACUAUCCCGAUCAAAGUUGAACUAACCGGUUUUGUUGCUUCGAUUCAUUUUGAAAUAAAAAUUACCGGCGGUCCACCAUUUUUGUCGACUUGUAGAUUUAGUUUUUUGAAAUUUCCGAUUUAUGAAACUAGUAUUAUGCCUUUGAUACCAAUGAAUAUCGCUCAAUUCCCCAUCAUAAAACAAUUUAUUAGAAAUACAGUGCAAACAGUUUUAGAAGAAUUUACUUAUCCAAAAUUUAUUGAUAUUGACCUUGAACAAAUGCUAUCGGGAGAUGAUAAUUUACAUGAUACUGAAACACUUGGAAUAAUGAGAGCAGAUAUUUACGAAGCAAGGAAUUUAACAAAGGUAGAUAUGCACGGGGAAAAUGACCCGUAUGUGAUGUUGUCACUUGAUCCAGCACCAUACGCACACACGCAUAUGUCAACUCGAGUGAUAGAAAAUUGUGCAAGUCCGAUUUGGCAUGAAACUUUUUUUCUCAAAAUGCCACAAAUGGAUAUUGUUGACGAACAUAUCAAGUUUAAGUUGGGUGUUAUGGAUUGGGAUAGACUAACUACUGAUGAUCAUAUUGGAUCGAUGUGGAUUGAUAUUAAAGAUGCUAUUGGAAAUGGUGAUAAACGAAUCAAAAUACAUGAUGGUUGGGCAACUCUUCAUCAGAAACCAACAGAUCCAGUUUCUCAUGGUCAACUAAAAUGUAGACUUGAAUUUUUCCCAAAAUUACCUAAUGAUAUGACUGAUCCUUCUCUAACUGCUGGUAUUUUAGGUUUACAAAUUCAUCAAGGAAUGAAUUUACAAAUAACGGCUGCACCAUAUAAUGAUGAUUCAUCAACAAUAUCAAUGGCUGAUAAUCAUUAUAAUGUAAGUUAUCCAAAUCCAUACGUGGUUGUCUAUUUGAAUGAUGCUAUAGAACAAUUCGUCAAAGAUUGGAGGAAAGCAAUAGUAAGAGUUGUAGUCAAAGAUCAAAAGGAUUUAGAGUAUGAUCCUGUUAUUGGUAUGGUUACUAUACAACUCAAAGACAUAUUUGAUAAAAAAGAUAAAAAGAAGGAAUUAUCAAAAUGGUAUCCACUUCGUCAUGGAGUAGGAUGUGGUAAAGUGAGAUUGAGCUUUCUAUUUAAAGCUAUUGAUAUAAAAUUGCCACCUGAAGAAAGGGGAUAUGAUGUCGGAACAUUAUUUGCUCAUUCGUUUGUUGCAGAAGAUUUACAUACUUCUUCAAGAACAAUAGCAAUAUUUAAAAGAUACAGAGCAUCAUUAAUUGUCAAGGUGAAACGUAGAGGUAUAUUUGGAAUGAAUUAUACGGUGGGAGUGGCGGAACUUCGGCUAAAAAAUAUUACAGAUUGUUCGGAACAAGAAAUUGAAGUACCAAUUUUUGAAGGUUAUGACCCUAAUUCUAUACUCGAAAAUGAUUUCAAAAUAAUUUCUGGUGGAAAUGAUGAUCUCGAUGAUUGUGGAAAUGGAAGUGAGCAAGAAGGCGUAAAAAAAGGUAAUAGUGAUAAUGAUAAUGUAGGCAAUAAAUCAAGAACCACCGCUUCUUGUAAUAGUAGUGCUGCUAGUGCUACUGGUGACAGUAGCAAAAAAGCAAAAUCACUAUCUAGUAAAGUUGAUGGCUUUGCGGACAACGCUAACAACUGUGAUGACGAUAAUGACGAUCAACAACAGCAUCAAGAAGAAGUAUCUAAUUCAAAGAUUGAUAAUAAUAAUAAUAGUGGUAGUCAUCAGAAUUAUUCCAACAACAUCACUACUCCAAACUCUCCAACCACCACCACUACCACAAUCGCUGACAAUUCUACAAGCACUUCAGCUACUAUCGCCAAUGCUUCCAAUAACUCCACCAGCGCUGUGAAUAAUCAUAAACAUAAGGUUAUUGGCCAUUUAAAAUUCAAAGUCUACUUUAAACCAGGUUUAUCAUUAGCACACGAAGAAGAUGUUAAAAAGAAAUUGACCGGUGCAGAUAUAAGCAUUCUAUUUAAUAAUUCCAAUGAUAAUAAUAGUCCUAGUAGUACAGUUUGUGGUGACUAUGAAUCAUUUAUUCAUAAUAAUAAUAAUGAUAUGAUGUCAACAAGAGAAAGGGAAUUACGUAAAUGUGGAAGUGGAGGCGAAGUUGGAUCCGAUGAAAGAAGAAUUAAUAGAGUACAUAGUCACAAAACUAUGAGACAAUUACAAUGGUUUAAAGAUUUACUUAAAGCCAAAGUUGUUUUAAUGACAGGUAAAAGAAAUUGGGAAGAAUAUGAUAAGGUUGAACAAGAACUUUAA